UCUUGCGGGGCGGGGACCAGUGGAAAACUCAGUAACGCAUCGAUUACUGAUGGUAUUGGUCGUCAAGUCUGGUACCAUGUAUCCGCUGCAGGUGUUUCUCACUGGCUAUCGUUGGUGUCGUCAGGCGCUAAGUAUUACAGCUUUCACCAACUUGACGUGGCUGCUCGUCGGUGGGCUUGUGUGGGUCGGGUUAAAAAAUGCCGGCAGAAACCCGCAUCGUCAACGAAAGCUCAGCAAAAGCAGUGAUUCAGGGGUCGUAAAUUCCGUGGAGAAGUUGCAGGUACCCCAGGAUAGUACUAAAAAACGGUGUAAAAAGAGAAAAAGCACCAUGUCGAAGUCAAACGAAUGGAAAUCCUUGGCUGUCGAGGGCAGCAGCCGAUCGUCAGGACCGACCAAGUUGUUCGCAAGUUUCACUGGUGCUAAAGGUGGUGUCGGUGCUCUACGAGUGAGGCAGAGAAUUGUUGCAGCUGCGGUAGUCAUGUUCAUUCUUAUUCUUGUGUUUUUACUGCUUCCCAGUUCCAAACGGACAAGCGGGAAUUUUAGCACAAACAACAGUGGCAUGGGUAAGAACUAUGUCGUAAUGACGUCUGCAGUCUACAAUAAAACUUACCCAAUUACAGCACCCCAGCGAACACUAGUUGGAGAGCAGUACCGAAUUGGUCUAAUAUCUGAUCUAGAUACUGAUUCAAAAUCAGCAACCAAAAAGAAUACCUGGGUUGGGUAUUAUCUGAAAGGCUAUUUAAACAUCAACUCGUUACAUGACCAAGUUAGUAUACAACUAGACAAAGAACCGUCAGUCCUGCAAUCACAACUUUCUAGAGGGGGACGAGGGAUGGAGCUUUCAGAGCUGGUCACAUUUAAUGGGAAGCUCUACUCGGUGGACGAUCGCACGGGGGUCAUCUAUGAGAUUGUUGACAACACUGUAAUACCGUGGAUCAUCUUGUCGGAUGGAGACGGCAGAAAUACAAAGGGUUUUAAAGGUGAAUGGAUGGCUGUACGAGAUGAGAUGCUGUUUGUAGGUGGACUGGGCAAGGAGUGGACCACGACGUCGGGGGAGUUGGUCAACUUAAAUCCCCAAUGGGUCAAAGUUGUCAGUCAUCAGGGGGCUGUCCGGCAUUUCAGCUGGGUAAAGAACUACAAUGCUAUGAGAAGAGAGGCUGGCUAUUCCUAUCCAGGUUACAUGAUACACGAGUCUGGGGUAUGGAGUGACGUCCACCAGCGUUGGUUUUUCUUGCCUCGUAGGGCAAGCAAGGAACAUUACACUGAGGCGGAUGAUGAGCACCGAGCGACCAACCUUCUCAUCUCCUGCACCGCCGACUUCACCGACAUCCGCAUCAACAAGAUCGGGGUACUCAACAAGAUCCGCGGUUUCUCCUCUUUUAAGUUUGUGCCGGGCACCAGGGACACUGUGGUAGUGGCACUGAAGACGGAGGAGGACCAGGGAAAGAUCGCCACCUUUUACACAGUGUUUAACAUAGAUGGCAAAACGCUGGUGCCCGACACCAAAUUUGCGGACAUUAAGUACGAGGGGAUUGAGUUCAUUUAAAUCUUUUUGCAAUCCUGCCUUGGUCCAUAGUUGCUCAAAGGGAUGAUCGAAACAAAGCAUUUCAAAGUUUGAACUGUACACCUUUUAGUAGGGUAUUAUUGUCUUCAUAAUUUUGUGUCCAGAGGUGGGUUUUUGCUUCUGAUGUUUCAGAUGUCGGAGCAACGACCAAAAAUAUCCUUAAGAUGGCCAACAAAGGUGCAGAGCAUGAAGUGGCUAUGUCAUCCGAGAGCGAUAUAGUAAAAAUGACAAUGCUGUUGAUACAUGUCAUUUUCGCUCAAUAUUUGGGAGGACUGCCUUUGCAUUUCACAUUCCAGAAGGUUUCUAUUUGGGUUUGCUGCAUGCAGUUUGGGGGAUGCAUGCAAGUAAAGGUCGGUUCAUACUUCAGGCGAAUGUGAAAGCGAGGCCAAGUUGAUGUCACAAACAUUUUGCAAUAAAAGUUCACUCAAAGUGAAAUGUGCUCAACUUCUGCAAAUAGGUGAUCUAA